CCGAUGCCUCUGGCCCCUUCUAGAGGCCAAGAGCAGAGUGAUCACCACCGACAGCCCUGAGGUCCAGCCUCUCUUCUGUGUGCCAUAGAACAUCGGCCACCUGACUGGUCUGAUAAGGGGGCUGGCCCUAGUCCCUACUGGCUGUCAUACGCAGGUAAAGGACUCUCAUGGCUCCCAGAGCAAUGGUAAUGCCCCAGCAGCUUCUCCCGCCCUGAAGGCAGGGGCGCUUGCAGCACUGGCAGCAGGACCCAGAGUGGAGGGUUGUGAGGUGCGCCCCUCUGGGUCUUGCAAGCAAGCGGCCGGACUCCAAGCUGCGGCCGUCACUGCUUCUACAAUCAGUACAUGUCCCUCGCUGACGUCAGUCCGAGCUGUCCUGGGGCUAUAUAAGGCUGGCGGCGGUCCCGGGACAGACCCCGUGUUCCCCAAGGCGCCCUCAGCCCACCCGACGGCCGGAGACUGGAGCCCCGUCCUGCAGCGUGAGGACACUCUCCGGCAACCUGGCCGGCGGCACCAUGAAGCAGAGGGGACGCGCGGCGCUGCUGAUGGCGCUGCUGCUCCUGGCACAGCUGCGCCCGGGGAGCAGCCAAUGGAGCCGGGAGGCGGCGGCGGCCGGGGUCCAGGACCCAAGUCUGCGCUGGAACCCCGGGGCGCGGAACCAGGACGGCGGCGCCCGCGCGCUGCUCCUGCUGCUGGCCGAACGCUUCCCGCGCCGCGCGGGGCCGGGCCGGUGGGGAUCCCGGACCGCGGGCGAGCGGCCCAGGCGGGACGACCCUCCGCUGUCCAUUGAUCUCACUUUCCACCUGCUGCGGACCCUGCUGGAGCUGGCGCGGACGCAGAGCCAGCGGGAGCGCGCCGAGCAGAACCGCAUCAUAUUCGAGUCGGUGGGCAAGUGAUCGGCGGCGUCUGCAGCCGCGAUAACCUCGACCCCGUCCCCUCUCCCCGGGCCCGGACGUGCGCGACUGGAAGUGACCCAGUCCCGCCAGAUUAGAGCGGCCCAGGGAUGCCCUGAGCACUCUGUGCGUCACCAGUUUUUAAUAAAAGUGCUGAAGAGCC